UCGCUCCGCUGCCCCCCAAAAAAAUAAAAAGUCUUCUCUCUCUCUCUCUCGCCCUCUUUUCGUUAUUAGGGUUUCGUUUCCCUUUGAAACCCAAUCCAGUUCCCCUCUUUAGCCCACCAUCAGGACUCAAAAAAUUUUUAGGGCUUUUUCGUUCGCAGGCCUCAGAUCUCUCUCUCCGGUCUCAGAUCAGAGCAGAUCCAGAUCCAGCCUCUGAAAUUGCAUCUUAAACAUGGGUGAGGCCAGUGACAAUGAGCAACAGCUUGCUUUGGAGAUGGCAGAACCAGUAGAACCAACGCCGACAGCGCCAACGGCUAGGCGAAGAAGAAAGAAGUCACUGGUUUGGGAGCAUUUUACUGUUGAAGCUGUGGCUGGUGGAUGUACGCGAGCGUGUUGCAAACUGUGCAAGCAGACUUUUGCAUACAGCAGUGGUUCAAAAAUAGCUGGUACAAGCCAUCUUAAGAGGCACAUAGCCCUAGGUUCAUGUCCCAAAAUCAAGAGUGAAGAAAGGAGACAGCUUGCACUUGCUUCUGGUAUGAAAAUUGACGGAGAUAUCACUGACCCUCCGAGAAGACGUUAUAGGUCUACCCUGAAUUCCCUAUUUGAUCAAGAUGUGAGCUGCGAAAAUCUCGCAAAGAUGAUCAUAAUCCAUGAAUACCCACUUCACAUGGUUGAGCAACCUGCAGUAGUGGCUUUUGCUCAAAGUCUUCAGCCCAGGUUCAGGAUGCCAAGCUUUAAUGAAAUCGAAGGAGAAAUCUACACGGUUUAUCAGAAGGAAAAGCAUAACCUGCUGCACGUGUUUGGAUCUCUUCCUGGAAGGAUUAGCCUCACGAUAUGCCUGUGGACAACUAGUCAGACUCUUGGAUACGUGUGCCUAAAUGGACAGUUUAUUGACAGCGAUUGGAAGUUGCACAGAAGGAUGCUAAACUUCAUGAUGGUAUCCUCCCCUCAUUCAGAGAAUGCUCUUAGUGAAGUCAUUGGCAUAAGUCUUUCAGAAUGGAAUAUGAAGAGCAAGCUGUUCACUAUCACUUUGGAUAACAAUUGCUCAUCGCAUGAUAUUUACAGUGCAAAUCUCAGAGAUCAUCUUUCCAACAAGAACAUGCUCAUGCUCAAAGGUCAGCUGUUCGUUGUUCGUUGCUAUGCCAAUAUCUUGAAUGUGGUUGCUCAGGAUGUAAUAGCCUCCAUACAUGGUAUCAUCUACAACAUUCGUGAGAGUGUGAAGUUUGUCAAAGCGUCUCCAGGCCGUGAAGAGAAAUUUGCUGAGAUUGCCCUCCAGCUUGAGAUUCCAAGCACCAAGAGCCUGUCCCUUGAUGUUGCAAUGCAGUGGGACACUACGUACCAUAUGCUGGUUGCUGCCUUGGAGUAUAAGCAAGCAUUUAUUGUAUUGGAAACUUGUGACGACCACUACAACGAGGCACCGUCUCCUGAGGAUUGGAGGAAAGUGGAAGUGGUUUGCACAUUUCUGAAGCUGUUGUAUGACUCCGCCAAUGUCAUCAUGGCGACAGCAGAUCCUACAUCUAAUAUGUUUUUCCAGGAAGCAUGGAAGAUUCAGAUGGAGCUGAGUCAUGCUAUGUUAAGUGAUGAUAUCGUGAUCAGUAGCAUCGCGAGAGAGAUGGAUGAAAAGUUUGACAAAUACUGGAAAGAUUGUAGUCUUGUAUUGGCAAUUGCAGUGGUUAUGGAUCCACGGUUCAAGAUGAAGCUCGUUGAGUUCAGUUUUUCAAAACUCUAUGGUGAAGAAGCUGGAAGAUAUGUCAAGGUGGUUAACGAUGCCAUUCACGAGCUUUAUCAUGAAUAUGCUUCCCAGCCACUUCCCUUGACCCCGGCUUAUGAAGAACAAGGAGGAGGGGAGGCACACAACACUAUGAAUGGCAAUGAAAACAAUCAGCCUUCGACCCCAAUGUCUACUGCAGAUGGGCUACUUGAUUUUGAUAUCUAUAUAUCAGAAAUUUCUGUUAACCAAAACACAAAGCCAGAGAUAGAGCAGUACUUGGAAGAGGCCCUUGUACCGAGAAUCCAAGAGUUUGAUAUCUUGAACUGGUGGAAGCUAAACACUAUAAAGUAUCCAAUGUUGUCUAAGAUGGCUCGGGAUGUUCUUGCGAUUCCAAUGUCCAUGGCGAGUCCUGGGUCUUCGGUAUUUGGCAUAGGAACUGGAAGCAGAGUGCUCGAUGAGUACAGGAGUUCAUUGCGUCCUGAGACGGUGGAGGCCCUUUUCUGUGCCAAGGACUGGCUCCAGUACUUGCCAACGAUGACGGAGGCACCGUCAAGUACCACCAUUGUGAAAAUGGAAUACUAGGCUAUAUAGUCAAUACAGAUUAGUUUCUCUUUCUGUAAGCAGUAAUAUUAAGAUUGUAUUUUGUUUGCGGAUUGGAUGACGGUGCUUGUUUAAAUUUUAGUGGUAGGAUAGUUAAGGUGCUGCUGCUGCACUUGGGUUAGAGGGAGGGUAUUCUUCUUCAUCGCUGUGCGAGUUUAUGUUUUCUAGUGAACUCUGUACUCUUUAGCUAUAAAUUGCUUGGUUAAAAGUUUGCUUAUAUUA